AUGCUUCGCUCGACCAUCUCGCUGGCUUCACUGGCUGCCAUGGGCGCCCACAGCGUGCUCGGCGCGACAACGUCCAGCUCGGCAGUCUUGCCGGCGCCCACCGCCAUCGACCUAGCGAGCAUGAGCGGUGUUGUGGGCGCGCUCCACCGCCCGGCACCUGGAGGCGACCCCGACAAGGCAGCCAUAGCCGUCAUGGUCAUGCACGCCGAGAGCGACUACUUGUCCUUCUAUCCCUGUACCGAGCUGCCCAAGCGUGGCUACACUGUCUUGUGUGCCAACAACGAAGAGAGCAAGGAUCCGAACAUGGGCACCAUCAACUUCGAGGAUGUGAUGCUCGACGCCGGCUAUGCCGUGGCCUACCUGCGCAAUCUCACCGACAUCAAAAAGAUCGUUCUUUUUGGUCAUAGUGGCGGCGGCGCGCUGCUGUCUCAAUACCAAAACGUUGCCGAGAACGGACUGACGGCUUGCAAUGGGUCUGAGAAGCUUUAUCCAUGCUCCAGUGCCCUGGCCGACCUUCCCGCCGCCGACGGCGUCAUCUUGGACGACGCCAACUUUGGCAUCGCGCCGAUGGUGCUCAUGUCCCUCAACCCAGCCAUUGAGAACGAGAGCACGGGCAUGCUGGUCGACCAAUCCCUAGACCUAUACAGUACCACCAACGGCUGGAGCAGCACUGGAGUGUCCAACUACAGCGUGGCGUUUGCAAAGCAGUUUGCCGCCGGCGUUAAUGCUCGCAACACGCGCCUCAUCAACUAUGCCCAGGAACGCCUGGCGGCCAUCAACAACGGCUCGGGGCUGUUCGCUGACGAUGAGCCCUUCUACAUUCCCGAUGCCUCGUACGGAUAUACCAACAACAAGUUCUUUAACCAAGAUCUGAACUACCUCCACCACACCACCCACCCUUGGAAGCUGCUGCACAAAAACGGCAGCUACACGACUCAGAUAGUGCCGUCCGUCCGGGUGGUCUCCACCUCGCCUUCUGUCGCCAACCAGUUCCUGUCCGGCGCUUUGAAGACGACAAUCAAGCGGUUCCUCGCCACCCUCGCCGUGACGACGACGGCCAACUACGCCUACCACGCGGACGGCGUGACGGGCGUCGUCUGGAAUUCGUCGCAGCUGACGCCCAUCAGCGCCGUGCAGGGCAUCCACGUGCCCCUGCUGACCAUGGGCAACACCGGUCACUACGAGAUGAUCGCCAUCGAGAAGGCCCACCUGGCCGCUACCGCCAGUAACGACACAGACAUUGCUUUUGUCGAGGGCGCCCAGCAUACCAUUGACACGUGCACCGAGUGCGAGUCGUACCCGGGCGAGUUUGGUGACACGGUUAAGACUACUUUUGACUACAUGGAUGGCUGGUUGAGCAAGCCCGGUCGGUUUCUCUAG